AGCCAAGGAAAGAUGUGGCAAGUCUGCUGCACCCUGCACGUGUGCUCUUCACACCGCUGCCCGCUGACCUCCCUGCUCACACCGCUACGCGCUGGCGCACCGACCGGCCGCCACACCGCGCCCUGCACUCAGCGUUCACCCAAUCGCCGGCUGCAUAAGAUUCCGAAUUCAGACAGAUCAUUUUACUAUGUCCACGGUCUGUCCUGAAGCCUCGAGCAAACAUCUCCCAUAGUGCUCUGUUUUGUUUUCCAUUGAUUGCUCAGUUGUAAAGAAGUGGUAUUUCGAUUGCCAAAGUAAUGGAGCCUGCAGCCAUGGUGGUUGAAAAACUUAAAGCUGUUGCUCAAUCGACUAAAGACUUUGCUUCUAACAUACUUAACUUGAACCAGAAUUCCAACCGCCGGCGCAAUCCGAUCGAAAUAUUGAAGAGACUACAACGGGAAACAUUUUCAGAUAUCAUGAAGCUAAGGGACAGACAAGAGAAGGCGGAACGGUUGCUUUCCUUUUAUAAAACCACCAAAGCGGGUCCCUUCCAAGAAGGCGGCACUUUGGUCAAGGGAGAGGUUGACAUGCUAGGGGCAUUGGUGAUGACGAACACCAUUGAUCAACCAACAUGUGAUGCAAUUCAAAGGGCUGGGAUUAAGAAUGGGAUCGAAUCCAGGCUUUAUUUUGAAAGAAGCAUUGGUGAGAGAGAUAAAAUUGUGACAGAGUUUGUUGGGGGUGAUAGAGGUAGGGAAGAUGCAUUGUGGGCUCCACUUUCUCUGGCUAAAGUUCUUUUUUGUGCCAAUAUGAGCAAAUGGUUCUCUGCCGUGGCUAUUCCGGUGGGUGCUCGGUGUCGGGAUUUCAAUGAUGAUACAAGUUUUCCUCACGAGGAAAAGCCCCUGACAGAUUAUUCAGCAGUAGUACCACCCAUGUUGAAUCAUGUAAAUGGUAGUGCAGUUGGCAUAAUGGUAAGAAAAUCAAAUAUUGUGGCCUCAUUAGCUCAGUUCAUUUCUGUCGUAGGACAAUCAUCACCAUCAACAACCCUUCCUACAACUCUCUCUUCUUUCAGCACUUACGGCCAAAUCGUUUACCAACUUUCCACAAGUACAAAGCUAAGCCUUAUGGGCAUACAGAAAGUGCUGAAAGGUUCAAACCAGCAACCCAGACUUGGAUCCAUGAUCUUUCCUGUUCAGUUUUGGAGGCAAAAUGGACAAUCUUUAGAGAGAGAUGAUGACACGAAUGGAUCUAUGGCCUUUAUGAUGGAGUCACGUCUUGACGAGAGUACAAGAAUAGGAGGUUGGGUUCAGAUGGAAAAAAAAUCACAGCCAAGAAAUGUGAAAUGGGCUGUUUCCAUGUCCGAUACCCCUGAGGAUGGUUUAGGGUGGGGUUUGAGCUUGGGCGGGUUGAACCAAAGUCCAACAAGCAGCUGGGAGCAUUUUCAGGUGGAAGCAUUCCUUAAUUUUAACUUGGGGAAGAAGUGUAGAUUGCAGCCUGCUAUUCUUUAUGUGAGGGACGGUGAUGUCCAAUUCCCGUCUCUUAUGUUUCGGUCAAGCUUUAGCCUCUAGGAGUUUUUUUUAUUCAUAUGAAUUUAGCCACUUGUUUUUUUCUAUUAUUCUUCUUCUUCUAUGAUUGUAGAAUGGUAUGAAGCAAUCUUUAGACGGAUGCUUCUAUUCCAUUUUAACCUUCUUUUUACUUGUAAUGGCCGAAUUAUCUAGAGAGAAAAACCGUUUACCCUAAAAAGUAUGGAGUAAUUCAUACAUACUAUAAGAAGAUAAUGUAAAAAUAUGAAGGCUGAAAUAGUGGUGGACCGGGC